UACCACACUUGUCUCGCAAAUCACUCGAAUACAUGGCAGGGACGAAGAUGGCUAGCCCUUUCUUACUGCUGCUGCUCAUUGCCCUAAUGAGCAUAGCAUCCAGCGUGGUGGCGGCCCGUGAGUUGGCCGGCGAGGCGGCGGCGAUGCGGGCGAGGCACGAGGAGUGGAUGGCCAAGCACGGGCGCAAGUACAAGGACGACGCCGAGAAAGCUCGGCGCUUCCAGGUGUUCAAGGCCAACUCGGAGCUUGUCGACAGGUCCAAUGCCGACGGCACCAAGAAGUACCGCCUCGCCAUCAACAAGUUCGCCGACCUGACCAGCGAGGAGUUCACCGCCACGCACACCGGGUUCAAGCCCGCGCCGCCCGGAGCCGAGAAGCUGCCGGGAUUCAAGUACGAGAACGUCAGCCUCUCCGCUGAGGAGGAGCAGGGCGUUGACUGGAGGACCAGAGGCGCAGUUACCGGUGUAAAGACUCAAGGACACUGUGGAUGCUGCUGGGCCUUCUCUGCGGCGGCUGCAGUGGAGGGCAUCCACCAGAUCACCACCGGCCAGCUGGUCUCCCUCUCGGAGCAGCAGCUGCUCGACUGCACCACCGGCCGGAACAACGGCUGCCGCGGCGGCGUCAUGAACUACGCCUUCCAGUACAUCGCCAACAACGGAGGCAUCACCACCGAGGACGCCUACCCAUACGUCCAUGCCCAAGGCACCUGCGACUCCGGUGGCAUGCAGCCGGCCGCCACCAUCAGCGGUUACCAGCGCGUGCCCGCCAACGACGAGGACGCGCUCGCCCUGGCCGUCGCCAACCAGCCCGUGUCCGUGGGCAUUGACGGGGAGAGCCGGAGCUUCCAUCUCUACGGUGGCGGCAUCAUGACCGCGGACGCCUGCGGCACGCACUUGACCCACGCGGUCACCGUGGUGGGGUACGGUGUCCAGCAGGACGGAACCAGCUACUGGCUCCUCAAGAACUCAUGGGGCGAAAACUGGGGAGAAGGAGGCUACAUGAAGCUCGAGAGAGGCACCGGCGCCUGCGGCGUUGCCCUGAUGGCCUCUUACCCUGUCGCAUGAGUCUACCCUCACAGCCCGACUACGCAAGCACACAAGAUUCAUAAAUUUUUAAAAAUAUACAUAGUACUUGAAUAAACCCAGCCUGAUCAAAACAGCAUUAUUAGACCACUCCUAACUAUAGCAUGAGAUUGCUUUGGGUAACCACUAUAUAUGUACCAUAUAUGAAUGAACGAUUAUUUGUACCCCAUGCUUGUUUUGACUCUACACUAUGAACUUGUUUGGUUUGGCAUUUUUUGUACUUCCUCCGAUUCAUAUUACUUGAUAUUAAUAUAGAUAUAUCUAGACACAUUUUAA